AGAAAGUCACCUACUUCCUCACCACUAUUGCUAUAUCUUGGUGUUGGCGAAGAGAGAACUCCCUCUCUCCACCGAAGCCUCGUCCCGAUCUCUCCUCGAGGUCGGAUCUCGCUCAGAUCGCUGUCCUCUACCAGAUAUAUAGAAAAUGGCUGAUGCUGAGGAUAUCCAGCCUCUUGUAUGUGACAAUGGGACUGGAAUGGUCAAGGCUGGAUUUGCUGGCGAUGAUGCACCUAGGGCAGUCUUCCCUAGUAUUGUUGGCAGACCUCGCCACACAGGUGUUAUGGUUGGGAUGGGCCAGAAAGAUGCUUAUGUUGGUGAUGAAGCACAGUCAAAGAGAGGUAUUCUCACAUUGAAAUAUCCAAUUGAGCAUGGAAUUGUGAGCAACUGGGAUGAUAUGGAAAAGAUCUGGCAUCACACUUUCUACAAUGAGCUUCGUGUUGCUCCUGAGGAGCAUCCUAUUUUGCUCACUGAAGCCCCUCUCAACCCAAAGGCAAACAGGGAAAAGAUGACACAGAUUAUGUUCGAGACUUUUAAUGUACCUGCUAUGUAUGUUGCUAUUCAGGCUGUCCUUUCACUCUAUGCCAGUGGUCGAACAACCGGUAUCGUGCUUGAUUCGGGAGAUGGUGUGAGCCACACUGUCCCAAUUUAUGAAGGAUAUGCUCUUCCUCAUGCCAUUCUUCGGUUGGAUCUUGCUGGCCGAGAUCUCACUGAUUGCCUGAUGAAGAUCCUUACUGAGAGAGGCUAUUCAUUCACCACCACAGCUGAACGGGAAAUUGUAAGGGACAUUAAGGAGAAACUUGCCUAUGUUGCUCUUGAUUACGAACAGGAGUUGGAGACUGCCAAGACCAGCUCGUCCGUGGAGAAAAGCUAUGAACUUCCUGAUGGGCAGGUUAUCACCAUUGGUGCAGAGAGGUUCCGAUGCCCAGAAGUACUCUUCCAACCAUCCUUGAUAGGCAUGGAAGCUGCUGGAAUUCACGAAACAACAUACAAUUCUAUCAUGAAGUGCGAUGUGGAUAUCAGGAAAGAUCUAUAUGGCAACAUUGUGCUCAGCGGUGGAUCAACUAUGUUCCCUGGUAUUGCCGACCGUAUGAGCAAGGAGAUCACAGCACUUGCACCGAGCAGCAUGAAGAUUAAGGUGGUUGCUCCGCCGGAACGAAAGUACAGUGUGUGGAUCGGAGGCUCCAUCCUUGCAUCCCUCAGCACCUUCCAGCAGAUGUGGAUUACGAAGGGAGAGUAUGAAGAAUCUGGUCCGGCAAUUGUUCACCGGAAAUGCUUCUAAGCACCCGACAUGCAUCUUUGGCAAGUUUUGCUCAGCUUGUUCAAUCUGGUAUUUGCCUCUUUCUGGGAUUGAAUCAUGGUUUGGUCGAUAGUAUCAGGUAGUGCUUGUGAUGCCUUUUGUUGCUGAAUUGGGUUGUUAAAGAAGCUUUCUCCUGUAGGCGCAUUUGUAAUAGCAGGGGAUGUGAACAAUGUGUAUCAACUUGGUAAUAUGAUUUUGUAUAAGUGCAUAUGACACUAAUAAUUGAAUUUUGAUUUGGAUGAACGAUAAA